GCCGGAAGAGAAGACGGCCCCCCUCUCUCGGCCCGGCCAUCUUGUGGGAAGAGCUGAAGCAGGCGCUCUUGGCUCGGCGCGGCCCGCUGCAAUCCGUGGAGGAACGCGCCGCCGAGCCACCAUCAUGCCUGGGCACCUACAGGAAGGCUUCGGCUGCGUGGUCACCAACCGAUUCGACCAGUUAUUUGAUGAUGAAUCGGACCCCUUCGAGGUGCUGAAAGCAGCAGAGAACAAGAAAAAAGAAGCCGGAGGGGGCGGCGUUGGGGGACCUGGGGCCAAGAGCGCAGCUCAGGCCGUGGCUCAGACCAACUCCAACGCGGCAGGCAAACGGCUGCGUAAAGAGUCCCAGAAAGACCGCAAGAACCCACUGCCCCCCAACGUUGGCGUGGCUGACAAGAAAGAGGAAACGCAGCCGCCCGUGGCUCUUAAGAAAGAAGGAAUAAGACGUGUUGGAAGAAGACCUGAUCAACAACUUCAGGGUGAAGGGAAAAUAAUUGAUAGAAGACUAGAAAGGCRACCGCCUCGUGAAAGGAGAUUUGAUAAGCCACUUGAAGAAAAGGGUGAAGGAGGCGAAUUUUCAGUUGAUAGACCAAUUAUUGACCGACCCAUCCGRGGUCGUGGUGGUCUUGGAAGGGGUCGAGGAGGCCGCGGACGUGGAAUGGGUCGAGGAGAUGGAUUUGAUUCUCGUGGCAAACGUGAAUUUGAUAGGCAUAGUGGAAGUGAUAGAUCUUCUUUUUCACAUUACAGUGGCCUGAAGCAUGAGGAUAAACGUGGAGGUAGCGGAUCUCACAACUGGGGAACUGUCAAAGAUGAAUUAACAGAGUCCCCCAAAUACAUUCAGAAACAAAUAUCUUAUAAUUGCAGUGACUUGGAUCAAUCAAAUGCSACUGAGGAAACACCUGAAGGUGAAGAACAUCCAGUGGCAGAUACUGAAAAUAAGGAAAACGAAGUUGAAGAAGUUAAGGAAGAGGGUCCAAAAGAGAUGACUUUGGAUGAAUGGAAGGCUAUUCAAAAUAAAGAYCGUGCAAAAGUAGAAUUUAAUAUCCGAAAACCAAAUGAAGGUGCUGAUGGGCAAUGGAAGAAGGGAUUUGUUCUUCAUAAAUCAAAGAGUGAAGAGGCUCACGCUGAAGAUUCGGUUAUGGACCAUCAUUUCCGGAAGCCAGCAAAUGACAUAACAUCUCAGCUGGAGAUCAAUUUUGGAGAUCUAGGCCGCCCAGGACGUGGUGGCAGGGGAGGACGAGGUGGGCGUGGGCGUGGUGGACGCCCAAACCGUGGCAGCAGGACUGACAAGUCGAGUGCUUCUGCCCCUGAUGUGGAUGACCCAGAGGCAUUCCCAGCUCUGGCUUAACUGGAUGCCAUAAGACAACCCUGGUUCCUUUGUGGACCCUCCUGUUCAAAGCUUUUGCAUGCUUAAGGAUCCCAAACGACUAAGAAAUU